GAGAUGACGCCGAUGCCCUUCGACGAUUCCUCAGAACCAUCAUCCAUCAGCCAUUACAUGAGAAAUUGUCUACCUAAGAAAUGGAGGCUACUCAUUGUAUCCGUUGCCAGCUUUGUCGUCUGCAUGGUAUUCGCUUCCAUGUAUGGAUUUGACUACUCCACAUUCAGUGUCAACGACGACACCAAGAGCGAUUGGUCAGGACUUCAUGAGUAUUCGAGCUUUCACGAAGCGAAAAAGACGUGUGGUCCUCGGGAUGAGGUUGCCAAUAUGACCAUUUGGAACACAGUCGUCGACAAGACGGGACAUCUCAUGGAUGACAUGUUUACGAUCGCGCUUCAAACUUAUAAACGACCCGGCCAGUUAAACAAAACCCUUGAGCAUCUCACAGCAUAUAAGACGUCCUCCCUCUACGAAAUCGUCGUUGCUUGGAACGAUAACACGACACAACCCCCAAACGACUUCGUGGGCAAGAACCAUGUUCCCGUCCGUUUCCGGGUCUCCGAAGAAAACAGUCUCAACCAAAAGUUCUUACCGGACCCUAAAUACAUGACCCAGGGUGUCCUGCUCUCUGACGAUGACUGGAAUUUUAAUCACACUGAUAUUGACUGGGUAUUCCAACAGUGGAGGCGAUCGGGUAUGAAUCGUCUCACCGGCCCUUUUGCGCGCUGCUGGUACAAUAACGAGCAUGAUGAAGCCAUGUAUAGCCUCUGUAGCGGCAAACCCGACAAGUACCAUAUGGCUCUCACAGGUCUAGCCUUUACGCACCUAUCGUUUCUGGAGUAUUACUGGUCCAACGAUUCACUUAUGGAGGAAUUGCGGAAUUACGUCGACUCGAAGUUUAACUGCGAAGAUAUUGCCCUUAACUACGUCGCAAGUAUGUUAACAUGCGAAGGACCGCUUCAGGUCUUAGGCCUGGAAAGGCUUGAUCACCAAACUGCCAAGCAUGGUAUCAGUACUAGGCCUGGACAUAUUCAGAUGAGAAACCGC